AAUACACUUCGUUCGAGGAGACCGUAUGCAACCGCGGGGGGCAUCGGGAUUGAUAGGGAUGUUUCCAUCAUGGCGGCAUCCAUUUCAGGUUAUACUUUUAGUUCUGUGUGUUAUCACAGCGCCAACAGCAACUCAGAUCAUGUAAGUAUCUAACUUCAUGUUGACAUAGUUAUAUGCAAUGUCUGCUUUAGUGUUCGUCGCCCUACGGUUUGUCAGUUCGUUUAUCAGCGCCAUUAGUUUGUGUUGUUUUCCAGUGUCAUCAUCCUGUUGCUGGCUAGCUAGUCCUGGUCCCGUCUAUUUACCGGUGGGUACGGUUUCAAUAGACUGUAUGGCUACAGCAAGGAGAAGUCAUUACCUACCAUUUUAGCAACAGAGGCACCUGUGCGAGUAACGCAGGAAUACAAGGGGGAAACUGACGGAAAUAAGAGGCAGUAAAAUAAAGGAAAUGAUACCCGGAAAGUUUGGGUGUCAGCACAUAGUCAGCAGCGAGCACUUAGCAUGUUAGCUAAGCCACCUAAGCGAAUGACUUCCGUGUUUCGGUGCUGCAAGAGUCUGAAGACACCUCGAUCAGUUAUCUUGUGGUGGCGUUAUGUGGCAUGAAAUGAUGAAAAACACACCCAGUUUCUGAGUUGAAUGGAUAAAUUAGGCUUCUCCUUUUCUUAAUUGUCUCAUUAGCUUGUUAGCCUCACAGCUAAUUGUGGUUGUUUUCAAAGUAAUACCAUCAAAUGAAAUCUCUGACAUGUUUCCUUAAUAGUCGCUUUAGCAAACUUCAUCCGGAAUUAAACCGAAAUCAAAAGCUCUGAGUUUAUCACAAGGAAAAGAAACAGUGUCCGGAAAUGGACGAGCUAAACCGACUAACGCCGAGGGGCUGUUUACAUAUCUGAUCCUCCUGUCAGAAGUGAAGAGUCAGUCCGGACAGCUGGUCUGCUGCUAAAUACAAGUUUGAUCACAUACCUGGAAUAAGUAGAAGGAAUAAACCAGCACCUUUAUGUACCACUGACUGUCACAGAGUAACAAAUGAAGGAGGAAGAAGUCACUGAGUUUACUCCUGAAACAACACUUUUAUUCUUCAUUCUUGCUGUUUUUAAAUCAGUUUAUAUAUUUUGUAUGAGAUUAUGACAUUUGUGGGGUGAUCUGAAGAGGGCUGUGCAUAAGAGAUGCCCUCACAAUGUUUUUAUAUUGUCUUUUUCUGAGUUGUUUUGUUUUGUUUUAUAUGGGACAGUGUAUGGAACUGUGUAUGUGUGCUGUCUUUGUGCAUGUUUUCAAGUUACUGCAAAUGAAUUUCCUCGUGGGGACAAUAAAUUCAACCUACCUACCUACCAAUCUGUCAGCAAAGAAGAGUGGGCAAAUAUUGCCACAUCAAGAUGUGCCACACUGAUAGGCCCCCAUACAAAAAGGUGGAAAAAGUUGUGAAAAUAUUUAUCUUGCUGUCAUUUUCUUACAUCACUAAAACCUGGCAGUUGAACAGGGGUGUGUAGACUUUUUAUAUCCACUUUAUGUAAAUGUUCUUUAUGUAUACAGCCCUUUACAAUAACCCUUUCAGUGAACCAAAGUGCUUUACAAUACAUAGAAAAUAAAAAUGAAUAAAUAAAAACAAUACAAAUAAUAAAAAAGAAUACAAUACAAUACAAUGAAAUAAAGUGCUACUAGGCUACUGAGUAUUAAAAGCCAGCAUAAAUAGGUAUGUUUCAGUCGGGAUUUGAAAAGGCCCAGGUCGGAAAUAAGUCUCAUUUCGGUAGGGAUCUUAUGUUUGUUUGUGUUUUGACCUGGGCACCUCCAGCAGAAGUUGAUUUGAUGACCUCAGAGCUCUACCUGGCUCCCAAACGGUUAAAAGCCCAGUCAAAUAGAUGGGGACGAGGCUGUUAAGACCUUAAAAAACAAACAUUAAAAGUUUAAAGUCAAUCCUGAAAGAAACGGGAAGCCAAUGAAGGGAGCUAUAGACAUCUAUCAUCUAUAAUAUCUUGCUAAAUCCCUGUAACUCUAGAUAACACAAUUACAAUGCUCUUAACUUUACAGGUAUUGCAAAACCCCAAAUAUUUUUGCCACAGUGCGCACACAUUUCCUCAAAACUGGUGUUGUUUCUGUAAUUUGUCCAGAUGUGCCUUUGUCUUUCUGCAAAAUUUCCUGAGUUAAUGUUGUCACCUGUACCCCAUCCUUGUUAAUUGGCUGUGGAUUUCCAGUAUGUCUUUCUUCAAAUAAUUACACUUUUUGAUAGGUAAACUAUUUUGCAAACAUAAUCUGAUGAGCUACAUUAUGUAUGUUGAGCCAUUUUUCUCAGCCAAAGGUCUUAAAGAUGCAUUUUUAUUACACACACUCAUGCUGUAACUAGAAUGUGUCACUCUGAUCAGCUUUGGUUGCUUAAUUUUAUCUUGAGUCACUGAAAUAUUGAUAAUCAAUGAAUUGAUUUGUCAUGGUUAGGUCAGCUUCCUAACUGAUGUUUUUGUGUAUUCGCAGGAGGGCUUCCUAUUAGGAGAAGUAAGGCAAGAAGAGACUGUCAGCAUCAGUGACACACAGAUCAGCAGUGCAGAAUUGCUACAGGUAGUAGGUAAGCUUUCCAAACGGACAAAACAACAACAUACAUACGUCAUUAUAGGCAAUGAUUAGCAGAUUUUCUGUGUGUCGUAAAUCCUUUAGAAGCAGUGUUUCUUGAGAACAUAAUCACAAGACUUUAUACAAUAGAUAUCUGUAAACUGCAACAACAGGAAGGUUCACGUGUAAAUUAUUAACUAUGGCUGAAUUCCACUGAGGUGCAUCAGUGUCAGUCUUGGUAAUAAGUACGCUGACUCAGUGUCAUUUGGAGAAAACAGGGUCUUGGUAAGUGUUGUAAAGGACAUGUUUUUUCUACAAAGUCAAUUCAACUUUUCUGCUUUUAAAAAUAUAGAAUAAUCCUGAUUUUAAAGGAACAGCUUUAAAAAACACUCCUUUGAAAGUUUCUGCAUCACUUAGGCUCACCCACUCAGUUGUUAUCUAUUGUUAUACUCUCCAAAAUAUGAGAACCUUUUAGGUUGUUGACACCUCCCCUCACUCUCUGUUAUUUUUUCUGCAUCUAUUGAGGUUGACUUGAAGCAACCUAAUAAUACACACUGUACAUGUUGAUGACUCCAUGUGAUUUGUUUAAAACAUCCACCUGAGAUUUACAACAAGUAUAGGUCAGCCAAGCCUUUAAUGUCUGGGUUGGUUUGUAAAACAUGUUUUUAAAGGUCUUGUCAGAAAAGCAGCAUAAAAGCAUACAAUAAGCUCUUCGCUCCAAGCUUAUUGAUGAUGGCAAGAGGACAGAGAGCAAAAGAAAACAAAAAUACACAAUUAUUCUUGUUAUGUUUUCAGGUAUACCUAUUGAAGAGCCACAGAUGUAACUUUGAAUAAAACAAAAAUCCCAAAACACAGCCAUAUGUUACACAGUAUUAGUGCUAGAUUUCCCUUUUUCUAACCUCACUAGUCACAGUGAAAGCUUCAUUUUCCUUCCUCCCCAAAUUUCAUCUAUUCUAUCUUAACCUGUUUUGAUUAACUUUGAUGACUGAAAAGCCAAUGAAAUGUGUACAAUAUAUGAGUUGUGUGUGCGUAUGUAUAACUGAAGCAUCUGUCUCUGCAUCUUUCCAACAGAAAUACAUAACCAUGAUCCUUGUGCACAGUUGUUUAGGUAUGAUAUUACUUUUCUUUUUACUCCAAAACAGGUGAAAUAAUCAUCAGUGAAUGUGCAUGAUGUAAAAUACAAAAUGGAUAAUAUUGAACACAUAAACUAGAGCAAAAGCUUUUGUUGUGUAUUGAGUGUACAGAGCCUGGUGUUAUUUAGAGGUCUGACCUUUUUUAUUAUUUCUGCAGUGAAGUCUGCAUCGAUGAUAGUUCACUGUAAAUUAGUUUAUACAUUUUAGGUGGAUACAUCAUUUGCCUUAUAUCCAUUUCAGUACAUUUCGGCUUAACUUGACACUGGACAGUAGAUGGCUCCAUCUGACAAGAUUAGAUGACAGAAGGAGGCCAACGGAGAGGAGGAGUAGGAAUUUGAUGAAUCAGUUUUGACUAACUUGUAUUUUUUUGCCCUCUCAUCAGCUUUUAUGACUACGCAGGCAAAAUUGAUGAAGAAAGUCUCAACAGCAUUCUCAAAGACAGGCGGAAAGUGAGUGCUUUUAAUUGUUACAAACAUGAUUACUUCACAUCAUCUCUAGACCAAUGCUAUGCUAAAGUCAUGUGCCAGUUCUAUGAACAAUCUUUCCUCUGUCCUCGGCCAAGUCGCUAAGGUAAGUAGCAUGUUAAAGCUCAAACUGGGGUUUGGAGGGGAGAGGACUGAGAAGGUAAAAGGGGAAACUGAAGGAGCUACGCAUGAGGAUGCACAGGAACAGCCUUCACAGAUGUCUUUUAGCUGAAGGACAUGCCCCUGUGUCACACACUGCUUACUGAUUAGAUUGUGCUUAACUAGAAUUUUAGACCGAUAGACUGACCUUGAAACUGUCACUAGGGGAUACGCUGAAAAUAAACAAACGUUGACUCAUACAGACACUAAGAGAUGAGGGAUAAGAACCAAAUGUUAGGCAAAACUUUUAUAAAUUUGAUAAACAGAGGAUCUCUCCUGGGUUCUAAACCUGAUUUGUCUAAUAAUCACCGUCCAAUAAGAGUUACUUGAGUUUGAAUUGAGUCAUAUUUGUAAUGGAGUUAUUUUUGUGUGUGUGAUUAGCCAUUUCUGAUACAGUCUGACUGUAUGAGGAUGAAUCUGUCUGUAAGUGUCACUUGGUACAUAUAUCGCCAUGUCAUCAAUGAGCCAUAGGUUUGAAGACUGAUAUAUGUCUUUUUUCCAUGAAACAUUACACUUAAUAUAUCAUCUUAAGCAUUCUAGACUAAUAAAUAAUCCUAAUAUUUAUUGAUUAUUUUGUAAUGAUGCAUUCUACCAUUGUUUGGUUCUAAACAGGACAGAGUAAGAAGACUGCAGGUAGUUUUUGAUGUGCAGGUGUUAAGGCGUUUGUUAAACAGCUAUCAUACAGACAAAACGUUGCUAGUCUGUGUAUUUAGUCAAAUCCUCAGAGUGUACAUGUGUGCAGACACGCUACUGUCAAAGCUGACUGACAGCUGAUCAGUGGAGAUCCAUCUACCAUGACUAACAUGAUUCACAAGACCCUCCAGAGCAGUGGUUCACAAGUCCAGUCCUCGAGGCCCACUGUCCUGCAUGUUUUGGCUGUUUCCUUGCUCCAGCACACCUGAUUCAAAUGAUCAGCUCGUUAUUAAGCCAUUACAGAGCUUGAUAACGAGCUAAUCAUUUGAAUCAGGUGUGUUGGAGCAAGGAAACAGCCAAAACAUGCAGGACAGUGGGCCUUGAGGACUGGACUUGAGAACCACUGCUCUAGAGGACAGUAUAUCUCACAAGUGACACCUGAAAUCAGAAUUAGUUUUUGAAUCCAAUUUGAGUUUUAUUUCUGCUAACCAGUGAUCGCCUCAAGUGUAAGUUUUACACCAAAAUGUGGGAUUGCACUGAAGAUAAUAAUGAAUCCCUCCCUUACUGAUGCAUGCCUCUUGAGGAUUUGUUGAACUUUAAACAGACACUGAUCUGGACUGUGCUCAGUUUGGGUAACAUAUAUAUAUAUAUUUUUUUUUUAAACCCUUUUUGUCUGUUCAUGCAGAACGUCAUUGGUUGGUACCGGUUCCGGAGGAACACACAACAGCAGAUGUCAUUCAGAGAACAGACCAUCCAUAAACAGCUGACUCAGCUGCUUGGUGUGCCCGACCUCGUCUUCCUUCUUUUUAGCUUCAUCUCCACCGCCAACAGCUCCACACAUGCACUGGAGUACGUGCUCUUCAGACCUAACCGCAGGUAAUAACUGCAUGUAGACUAACAUGAGUUGACAUUACACACACUGUCAGACUGUCAUGGUAACCUGUCAAACUACUAUUUAUUUAAAAGGUAGUCAGGUAGAAAUGACAAUAAGUUUAAAGUAGUGCAAACUCUCCUGUUUUGACGUGUAUACAUUAGUAUGUAGAGGACUGAAUUAUGCUUUAAAUGUCCCACUUAUACAGCUCACAAGGUAAAUAGAUUCUGACAAGUUUACAACAUAGAAGGUUCAUAUCUGUAUUAUUGUAUGUCUGCAGUGUUUAUUUCCUUCAAACGUUUGCCAUGUUCUUAAAGAGUUUAUCUGAAUCCCAGUAGGUACAACCAGAGAAUCACCCUCACAAUUCCAAACCUCGGCAACACAAGCCAGCAGGAAUACAAAAUGUCCUCAGUGCCCAACACCUCUUUUAACUACACCCAGGUCAUCAAAGAGCAUGGGUAAGUGUUUUCCUUUAGUUUUCCACGGUGCCAAUGUCACAGCUAACUCCCCUCUUUUCACUCAGGGAGGAUUUAGUAAACAGGCCCUUGUCUUCUUUAAGAAUUUGUGGAGGGGAGGCAGCCACCUGUUUUGACCUUAAGGCGUACGACAGCUUCACCUUCAGGGCAUACUCUGUGUGAACCCCCCUACCCUCCCUCUUUUUUCCCCCCACAAUGCACUCCUGGUUCUUCUUGGUGGUGUUCACUGACAGCAGCACCCAGGAUUCUCAGCAUUCAUGUGUUUGUAUAUGCUCGUCCUAAUUGUGCAGAAGUGGAAUCCAACAUACAUAAACAUGUGACUGACUGCAGUUGAAAGCUGGUAUGUUACAGGCUGCACGUGCUCCUUGUAUUCGCGUCUUUGUGUCUAAACUUAGACCCCCCUUUUUCUCCUGUGGCAGAGGGUUGAAUACCAGUAUCAUCUAUACACCAGAGGCGAAGAGCCUGUGUAUGCUGCGCCCUAAAAACUAUCCUUAUUCUUCUGAGCCUGUUCAGUGUAUAUUAGUGCAAGACAGAUUGAAGUUUGAUAUAGGAAGGAAAACAGUUUGAUAACAGCCAAUUUAAAGUAUUUUGAUGGACAAACACAGGAUGCUUUUAUAACUCUUUCUUGUACAUUAUUUUAUCUUUAAAUGAUGUCAUUAAUCAUGGUGAAUAUGUUUCCAGGGCUGAAUUCUUUGAUAAAGAUGGUGUGAUGAAGGAUAUCCGAACAAUAUUCCAAGUCUACAGUGCGCUGCAAGACAAAGUGCAGGUGAGCUGAAUAACAGCCCGAGCUGUUAACUGGAUCUGUGAAUUUAGUGAGGAGACUGUUUUCUGUGGUUUUUUUUUUUCACCUCAAUUUUGUUCGCCUGUUUUUUUUUUUUUUCAUUUUUAGGCGGUGUGUGGGGAGGUGGAACAAAGUGAACGAGUAAAGGAGAAAAUCCAAGAGGAUGUGAACAAACUCAAGCAACAAAUUGCUCUCAGGAAACGCAAGACCGCAGAAGAAGAGAGAAGUCAGUACCUGUCCUAGGAUUUGCAUACUAGAAUUAUGUCACUGAGUUGUAAAUGUGAAGGGCUUCGAAAGACUGGUGACUCAUCAGUCACAAACAGCAAUCAAGAAACAGACUACCUAGCUGGUGUUUUAAAGCAUUUCCCUUCUUUUGAGUUGAUCCUUUUCCCUCAAGCUCAUUUCAGAAACAUGAUCAGUCAGCCAGUCAAACUUGAUUUCCUCUGGUUUUAUAUGCUCCUUUUACAUUUCCUCUCUGUUCCGCAGGACUCCGUGAGUCCCAGAAUGCAGACUCCCAUUCCGCUUCAGAGGAGAACGCAGACCCGUCUGAGGCUUUGUCUCUGUCCAGGAUAACUUUCCACACACCCUCUGCCCCAGAGCGGCCCAGUACCUCACCUAACCCCCCAUCAUAUUCUGACCUCUUGUCCCAGGGUGACUCUCUGCUCUCCUCUUCUUCCCCAACCACAAGCGCUGCUCUUCUACCCAGGCCCCAAGCUGUAGGCUCCCCAGGACACCCCACCCCUGGCCCAGUUGGGAUGGGCCUGGGCCUUGGGCUGGGCCUGGGUCUAGGCCUAGGUGCCACCUCUAACCCUGUCACCACUCCCAGCAGCCCAUACCUUGGCAAUGGGGAUGGAUCAAGCUCUGACUCAUUAGAUAGACAAGCUGCAGGGCAGGAGGAUGAUGAAGACGAUGAGGACGAUGACGAUGAAGAAGACGAGGACAGUAGCGAGUAUGAGAACUUAUUGAGUGAAGCCCCACAUCUGCCAAUGGUCACUCCCAGCGUUUUAGCGCAAGGCCGACCGGCUGCACUUAGUCCUGACGGGGAUGCUCGUGGCUCACAGACCACAUAGAAACAUGCCACAGGGUGUGUACAGGACACGAGUUAGUGACACACCUUGAGAGGUUGGCAUCUCAAGCAAUCAAAGAUAGACAGAUACAGACAAAAGAAGUGCCAGUCCUGAAAGUGAAAGGCAUGCACAGGUGGGUUCCGCUGUGAGUUUUUCUUCUCGUCUUAGUCUGAUCUCCAUUUUAAGGGGAAACUAUGCUAGGCUUUGCAGGCUCAUAACAGGUGUGUCUCUCACUGGGGAAGAGUCUUCUCGUUUCAGUUUUUCUAUAUGGAAUGGGGUCGGUCUUGGUACUCCAGCGUGGAUGAGUCUUGUUUCAUUGCUGGAAGUUGAUACCACAGAGCGAUUUAUGCCAACUGGUUGGCAAUUCGGCUCCCUCUUAAAGACAAGCCCCACUCCACAUUUUCUGUUUCUGUCCUUUUAUUUUUUUUUGUUUGUUUCACUUUUGUGUCACCAGUUCUGAGCACCCACUCUUGCAUUACCUCUUGCACAUUUUUUUGCCUUCCUUUAAACGAACAAUCUCAGAAAAAUUAUGGGGAAAAUAUUUUGCAGCCUUCAAACAAUUUUUUAAAAAUGAUAUAGGCAAAUGGUUUAGUUUUUAUUUUGUAAUUUGAAGAAAAAGAUAUAUUUGUAAUUAGACUUUCUUUAACAUGCACAUUUUCGUAUUUGAUUUUGGACUUCUGACAUGUUGUUUGCCAUGCUCCACAGUCUUUCAUUAAUCAUACAGUUGCCUAUUUAAAUGAUAAAGAAUAGAUUUCAAACUAAAUUUACUCUGCCACUUCUUUAAAUGGGUGCUUUAUAUAUACAUAUAUACUAUAUAUAUAUUUUGUCGAUUAACAGUUAAUCUAAUUUGAUUGACAAGAAUGUCAAUGUCUUGUUCCUCUUGGAUAACACUGAAAUUGUAUGCGCUUUGCUGCACUUAACAAAAUUUAAGAUUUCUUUAUAAUUGUGCUUUACCAAUGCUGAUAUGUUGUGCCACUUGAGUUGUCCUCUUUGACCCUGAACCAAACUUGGCUCAGCUUUUUGUGUGUUGUACGGGGUUCACAGGGCAAACACAAUGUACUGUAGCUUUACUAACCAGAUGCUUAAGGUUCCCUUUCUGCUGCUGCAACCAAGAGAGCUACCACUGAGAAAACUGCAUCUGUCUAUCUGUUUUUUCUUCUUUACACGAGAACCUGGCUGCUACUUCCACUUCUACAUGCUGGUUGUCUCCAAUACUACUGACUGUGAUCGUAUAACCACUUCAAGUUCACUUCUCACUGACUUGUUCUCUAUUAAAGUCAAAUUGUAAGGCUGAUACCCCCUGUAGUGUGUGAAUUUCAACCUCGGGAACAGAGUGUGCAAACACCUCUCUGUCUUGUUAUAGCUCGAAGCAGACCUCAUGUUCUGGCCUUGUCGGGACAUUGUCAUGUGUAGAGAUCUGGAUAUUACGGUGAAAGUACGAUGAAAGUAUUCUAACCUUGCUUCAUCAUACAGUGCCUUUAAUUCUGGGCAGUUUCUAUCUGCAAAUGGCACACAUCCACAGAUCUAUUUUAAUGAAGGGGUAGAAUCAUAACAAAAUGUCCUAGCUUUUUUGAUUAUCAGUUGUAUGCCUCUUUUCUCAAGUUGUCCUGUUUUAUCUACCUGAACGAUACUUCCCAAAGCCUUUUUUCCUUUUUUUUUUAUAAAUGUCACUGAUGACUUCUAGGUGGACCUGGUUGCAGCUGUGGCUUUGCUUGCAUAAACAUCUGAAACUGGAAGUUUAACUUUAAAGUCAGCAGCAAUCUGCAUCGUAACAGUUACUUCCAGCAAAGUAGAGUGGGUAAUGAUUGGUUUGACUGAAAUUGGGAUUUUUUGUUAUCACCUCAACCAUUUGAAAACAAAUAAGUACCAAGGGGUCGGUCGGUCUGGUGCUGAAUGUAGGACGCCCUCCUUGCAUGAGCUGGUUUUGACACUGCAUGGACAGACAUUUGCACUGUACAUGGAAGACGUCUCACAUCGGUUUGAAAAUGAAGACCUGUUUUUGUUGGGUGAAGAUACUGCCUUGUGAACAAGCUCUGCUUUACAUACACAGCCUGUUUGUGUAUCAUGUUUUCUGCCUUAGAGUCAUUUUCUUUGCCCUGAUGUGUAAUGCCAAUGUAUCACUUAUCAGGAACUGGCACUCAUGAUGUUACUUAUUAAUCACAGAGAGUAACGCAAUCACAAAAAUGUUAAAGGAAAUAACAAAAUCAGUUUGUUGGGAGUGUGGUUCCCUUUGAGUACUGGAAUAUAAUAAAGAAAUGUUCAAUGAAUGUAUAGUAGACAAAGGUGGGGGUAGCAUUUUAACAGCACUGACUGUAUGAGCUUGUCUCAGUUGAGUGUUGUGGUGGUAUAGAGCAGCAGUUCUUAGUCCUCACUUUUUUAUCCAGGUCCUCAGACCCUUGCUUACAAGUCCCUGUGUGUAACUCUGGGCAGAUGGGAAACCAGCAGAAGACCACAGGCACAAAGCAUGACAGGACUUAGAUUGUUAAGAUCCUAUAUUGUCCAAGUUCCAAAAUAAUACAAAUAUACACACAAGUAUUCUCACUGUAUGGGUUGACCCUUCCCUUCCUACCCCUGAUGGGUCAUUGCAACAUCAACACCUCCCUGAAAGCACAAAGUCCAGGGCACAGCUUAGAUCUCCUGAGCUUAGAGCAGGACAUGUGAACUUGACAAAAGCAGACCAAGGACUUUCUUGGACAAGCACAGAGAAAUAUGGUUCUCAAAGUGGGGGAUAAUAAACAAAACAUGCAUAUGUUACAUGAUGUGCC